GUCCAUACAUGGUUUGAAAGCCCAAGCAAAGAAUGAAUGAAGCAAUUUUCACCUUCUGGAGAUCAGAUGACUGAAGUGACUAACCAUCACCCACCAGAUGCUGAAGAUUAAAGUGGUUUAUCCUGAAUAUGCAUUAGGGACUGUCGUUGUGAAGUGUGCGGGGAAAAUGGAUAUGUAAAGACGCGAUCUUUGCCUGUCAGUUGAUGUAAGUGUGGACGGAGGGGCUCCUGCAGGAGAUGACAGCUCCGAUGGCUUCAGGACUGUGGUUUGUUGCGCUCACCGUGGCGACUGUAUGGUGUGCAGAGGUGGAGGAACAUUUAGUAAACUACUUACUCUCCCCUGACCGAUACAACAAGCUGAUCCGUCCGGCAGUCAACAAGAGCCAGCAGGUCACCAUUGCAAUCCAAGUGUCCCUUGCCCAGCUCAUCAGUGUGAAUGAGAGAGAGCAGAUCAUGACCACAAACUGUUGGCUCACUCAGGUAUGGAAUGAUUACCGGUUGAUGUGGGAUCCAGAGGAGUAUAAAGGGAUCAGGAAAGUUCGCCUUACCUCCCAGCAUAUAUGGCUGCCUGACAUUGUCCUGUACAAUAAUGCUGAUGGGACAUAUGAAGUGUCUUUCUACUCCAAUGCGGUCAUGUCAAAUAACGGUGAGGUUGCCUGGCUACCACCAGCCAUUUAUAAGAGUGCCUGUAAAAUUGAGGUCCGGGACUUCCCCUUUGACCAGCAAAACUGCACACUCAAGUUCCGCUCAUGGACUUAUGACCACACAGAAAUCGACCUCAUCUUGCUGUCGGACUUUGCCAGCCGAGAUGACUUCAAGCCAAGUGGCGAAUGGGAUAUUGUGUCCUUGCCUGGUCGCAAAAACGAAGACCCAAAUGACGCCACAUAUUUGGAUAUAACGUAUGAUUUUAUCAUCAGACGCAAACCGCUGUUCUACACCAUUAACUUAAUCAUCCCAUGUGUUCUCAUCACUUCACUGGCCAUCUUAGUUUUUUACCUUCCAUCAGACUGUGGGGAGAAGAUGACUUUGUGUAUCUCUGUUCUUCUGGCCUUAACUGUGUUCCUCUUGCUUAUUUCCAAAAUCGUACCGCCGACCUCACUCGCUGUGCCCCUCAUUGGAAAGUACUUGAUGUUCUCCAUGGUCUUGGUGACUUUUUCAAUUGUUACAAGUGUGUGUGUGCUAAACGUGCACCAUCGUUCCCCAAGCACACACACUAUGCCCAAGUGGGUCAAAUACUACUUCCUGUUCCGUUUGCCUGGUUUCCUAUUCAUGCGACGACCGGGAGAGUCCAACAAACGUGAGAAAUUUCACAGGAAGCACCAGCAGUGCUCUUCAUCUGAUCACCCAGCAAAAAGUGAGGCAGAUGAGACUGAUUCCACCUUCUUUGUCAAUGAAGAUGCCAAGCACAUUGGUUGGAGACCUGGCGAGUUGCAGGAAAGCACAGAAUUUCGUAAGCGAAUGGCAGUAAAGUGCUCUGCAGACAUGGAGGAGGCUGUGAAGGGGGUCCGAUAUAUCGCUGACAAGUUGAAGAAUGAGGAUGAUGAUGAAGGGAUUAUUGAGGACUGGAAAUAUGUGGCUAUGGUGAUCGACCGUCUGUUUCUGUGGAUCUUUGUUUUAGUGUGUGUUGUAGGAACCGUCGGCCUCUUUAUGCAGCCGCUCUUCAAGAGCUAUAACACACCCACCACAGAUGAUUUGUAGAUCACAUAAAGUCAGACCAGCUUCAACCCAACCCAUAUGGCUGUUUAUUUUCAGUGCACAACCUAGUCUUAUCACUUGACAUGACAACCUUCUUAUUUCAAUAAAUAUUGUAGCAAAAACAAAAACAAUGGACUUCAAACCUGACACAUUUCAUAAAGUGUUAAGCUCUGUGUGCCAUUCAAUGCACAAUGUCACAAAAUUCUUAGAUGCCGUUGAGUCAGAGCACAAUACUGGACACACACUGAAUAUUUAGCUGCCCUAACACUGACCCGAACUCAAAAACCCUUCAGAGCUGUCAUUCAACCACAACAUUUAGCCCUGGAGGCUUCAACAUUCUCUAACCUCUCAUAGAAAAUGAAGCUCAAAAUCCCAAAAUGGCUCUAAACCAACUCUCCCCUGGACUUGUGUUUUUCUUAAACAUAUUCUGAUUUUCUGAAAUUUCCAAAUGCUUGUGUGCAGGAUGCAUUCAAAUCUGCACACUUCUACAUAAAAAAACACUCGUUUACAUCAGAGAACCUCAUCAUAGACCUGUAAUGUGUUUAAGGUGCUUUGACACAUCAGGACUACAGUAUGUACUAUGUCUUUAAAAACGUCAAUCCUAGCUCAAUAGCAAUGUGGGUAUUUAUUUUAAAUCAAAUAAUAAGCUUUUUACUGGAAUAUAGAUCUUACACCUUAACAUACUCUACACACAUCUGCAUGCACUGUUCUUAAAUACACAUUUUCACAUCAUUUUCCCCUUAUUAUACUUAGAUUGGUUUAAACAUUACAUGAACAGCAUCUUGCAGCAGCAUUUUGAUUGA